AUCCCCCAGCUGGUCUCCGACGUUCCCCUCUCCACAUCCCAGUUCACCGGACUGGAACUUCUCACGGGAAUGGGCUACUUCAGCAACACAGUCAUGUAUUAUGGUGGUUACAGUAACCACACAGUGGCAUCAUCGUCCAGUGCCCCAUACAACACCCAACUGGCCUACCUCCUCACCAUAGCGGUGUACCUGGUGCUCUGUGGGGUUUCUCUAAUAUACAGCAUGGCGAGGUCGUUCCAGAGCAAUUACGUGUUGGAGGGAGCGUCCGGUGGGGCCUGGAUCCUUCUCUGCAGCUGGGACUUCAGCGUCACCAACGAGAGAGCCGUCCGCCAGCGCAAGGCCAACCUCACCAUCCAGCUCAAGGAGUCUCUCUCAGAAAAGGCCCAGCAGGACCAGCUGUCCUCUUCGGAGAAGCUCAAGCGCUUCGGGGUCCACCUGGGCACAUGGCUGCUCUCCACUGGGCUGGCCGUCGGCGCCUCCGCCGCCAUAUACUUCCUGUCUGAAUUUGAGCAAAAGCAGGCCCAACCAAUCGAAGGUUCUGACCUGUUGGCAGAUGCCUCAACCUUGCUGGUGCCUUUUGUGGUGUCUCUCAUCAACCUCGUGGUCCCACUGAUUUACUCCCUCUUCAACAAGAUUGAGGUUUUCUCUAACCCACGCACGCAGGUCUAUGCAGUCAUCAUGAGAAACGUCUUCCUGAAGAUGUCUAUUCUGGGGAUUCUCUGUUAUAACUGGAUGGAUAUUGUAGCACGGGAACCAAACACGUGUUGGGAGUCCUCCAUCGGCCAGGCCUUGUACCGACUGGUGGUUGUCGAUUUCUUCUUCCUAUUGUUAGGGUCCUUCUUUGGGGAAUUUCUAAGCAAUGUCAUUGGCAGCAAAUGUGUGCCAAGCCUUGGGGUUCCUGAAUUUGACGUUGCUCGGAAUGUUCUAGACCUCAUCUACUCACAGACGCUUGCAUGGAUUGCGAUCUAUUUCUCCCCCCUCCUGACAGUCAUACAGAUUUUUAAGUUCUUCAUUCUUUUUUACGUCAAAAAGGUGAGCCUCAUGCGCAACUGCCAGCCCCCGCGGCGGUCCGGCCGGGCCGCUCAGAUGCAGACCAUCUUCAUAGCGCUCCUCUUCCUCCCCUCCUUCGUGGGGGCGCUCUCCAUGGUGGCCUACACCGUCUGGAGUUUAAAACCCUCACAGUCUUGCGGUCCUUUCCGCGACCUGGACAAGCCCUAUGACGUGGUGGAGCAUUGGAUGAGCACGGAGAAGGCCUGGGUGGUGUGGAUCUACGAGCGAGUGAUCAGAAGCGAACUUUUCUUCUUCCUCGUGUCCCUCCUCAUCCUAGUGCUGACAUUCUUCUUCUGGCAAGUGAUAAAGGGCCGAAAGCUCCUCAUCAUCCAGCUAAGACAGCGUAUUGCCAACGAGGGGAAGGAUAAAGGAUUCCUGCUUGAAAAGUUGCAAAAUCUUCAGAAAGCUAAAAAAUCUUCAGCCAAUAAACGGAAAACAAGGACAAAGACCAACCAAAGGAAUUUCAGCAACAGACAGUGGUACGCAGAGCCUGACUAUAACCAGACGCCUGAGAGUCACCCAGCUCCAGUCAUGGUGGACCCGGCGUCCUCUGCCCCAAGCGCUCUUAUCCAGGCCAUGCUGGCCAGACAGCAGGCUGAGCUGGAGGAUGAAUAUGAACCUCCGAGACACCCUGCUCCGGAUUCUCCCCCUUCGGCCCCAAGCGCUCUCAUCCAGGCAAUGCUGGCCAGGCAGCAAGCUGAGCUGGAGGACGACGGUGACUACUGAAUGAAACGUUCACGCAACUGGACCUCCGACUUCAAUGGCAGCUCUUUAAAAUCCAGCCCUUUAAAAAGAGGAUCCGUAUGCAACAUGUACUUCACGAUGUCUUAUGGGAUUAGCAUUGCGCAUUGUCCUGAGAGAAACAGGCGAACACUACCUUACAAGAACAAAUCAAUAAUCAGGAAAGCAAUUCAGUUCAAAUGUUCCAGGAUACUUGCCAUUGCCUUACUUUGAUCUUAAUCUUUCCGAAAACUCAACACUUGAAGGGGGUCCACUCGAGCACUUACAGAAACCGAUCCAUGGCUCGCACACAUGAGGUUGGGAACGGGAACAUGUGGAACUGCACGCAAUGGGAAGGUUCAGAGUCUGGCCAGAGUUGAGUGACUACCUAUGGUUGCACUACAAACACUUUACUGUUUCUUAGCUUAGUUUAGCUGUGGCUCUUUGAUGCAGUACCAGUUUUUUUUUUUUUUUAAAUCAAGCCCUUUAGAUGGUUUAAAAAUGAAGCCCUUCCAAAUAUUUGUAUUUGAGGUUCAUUUUUUGAGUUGUGUGAUUUACAUUGUAGUUGAACUUUGAAGGAUGGUAAGGCAGAGCCAGCCAUGUUUGUUUGUAUAUUAUGGAGAAUCUCUGGAAACACUGGACAGACUGUGACAAGAAUUAAAUUGAAAAUGAUUGAUAUAUA